CGGCGCAGUGUAAACCUCACCCUGCUGCAGGCCGUGCAGGCGCUAGCGGCCGCUAAGGAAAUGUCGGACAACCAUUUCUUUGCAGAGCAGGAGCUGUGCAACGGCCGCCUCAACGACAGAGUGGUCGACAAGCAGCGGCGCGCGGGUGAGCCGAGGCACUGGCGAGUCGCUGCUCCGGCGGCGCGCCCGCCGUUGGGGCUGCGUGCGCCUCCUCGCCCACCGCGGUGCUGCAUCCGGCCUUGCUUCCUGUAGGCGCGACACGAGCGCGUGACUUUCACGGGCGGCGUGGUGACGCGGGUGACCGAGGAGGUCAGCUUCGAUCCGUCCGAGCCGAUGCUCGCCUCCGGAGCGGAGCUUCUCGCCGGCCUGAGCCCGGCGGAGAGGCACGCGCUGCUGCAGGCGGACCCGCUGCCCGAGCGGGCGCCGGCGGCAGAGCCGACACCCGCGCUGGGGGCUUGCGACGCGUCCGCCGGCUGCGACGAAACUGAUGACACUGAAAGCGAAGAGGCGGCCGCUGGACAGCACACCUUUCGCGCCGCUCACGCGGGGGUGCGGAAGAAGAAGGGGAGGCGGCCGGCCGGCCGGGCUGCCAUUGGCGGCGGAGGAGCCGUGAGAACCGCCGCUGCGUCACGGCCGUCGGUGGAUGUGGCUCGGCUCUCGUUUGGUGGGGAGGAGGAGGAGCAGGGGUGAGGCUAUCUGUAUUAUUAAAUGAACUCGGGGGCACAGGACGCGG